GGCUGGGGUAGUAUAUCAGUUUUGCAGCAUAUUGUAUGUAUCGUAACGACAUUUUACACAAUGGAUGAAACUGAACUACUAGAGCAGACAUUAGAUCCACCCACCACCGAUGUUCCUCCCUCAGAGCUCUCGUCUAAUGGCAAAGCCCCUGAGGGCAAGGAAUGGGUGGAUACUCCCAAAGGAACCGAGUGUGGAAUUGGACCAUGCAAACCUCAGUGUUUGCAGAUAUUUGCUAGCAAGAAAUUCUUCACCUUCAUGUUAUGCAUUUUCGGAUUAAUUGAGGGAGCACUUAUAAGUGGUUUCGAGCCUGUCAUCAUUUCAAGCCUUGAGAUACGUUACAAGUUCUCUAGUACAGCUGCCAGUGUCAUCAUCAUCGUGUUUGAUAUAGCCGUGGUUGUUAGUGUGAUUAUCAUCAGCUACUUUGGAGAAAAAGCCCACAAGCCGAGAUGGAUCGGGAUAGCGUUUUUCACUCAAGGAAUCGGUGCUUUGGUAUUUGCCCUUCCUCAUUUCAUUUUUGGAAAGUAUGACGCUGGGAGUGUAACUAAUACAACUCUGGUAUUGGAGUCCUGCAAUAAUCCAUCUUUAUUGGUUCCUGAUUGCGAUGCUGGUAAUACAGGAGCCUACAUUCUCUUCCUCAUUGGAAAUGCUAUUAUUGGAGUUUCUGCAGCUCCACUGUUCACUAUUGGGGUGUCUUUUAUCGAUGACAUCGUGCUGCCAAAGUACGUCUCUCUUCAUAUUGGAGUGUUUCAAGUCUGCACAAUUGUGGGUCCUGCGAUUGGUUUUGGAAUUGGUUCAGCUUUACUCACACUGUAUGUGGACGUUGGAGAGGUAACCAACCUGACAGAAGAUGACCCGGCCUGGGUGGGUGCUUGGUGGCUCAGUUUUAUUGUGAGUUCAGGAAUAUCAUUUCUUUUUUCAAUUCCUUUCUUCUUCUAUCCUCGUGUGUUACCCGAUACCCACCUUGUAACAGAAGCAAGACAGAAGCAAAUGAAAGGAACCUACAAAGGCAGGUUCGGGAAAGAAGAUACAUUUGUAGAGCAGCUGAAAGCAUUUCCGUUUCACUUACUUGGACUGUUCAAAAGCAAGGCCUGGCUUUUUCUGACGCUGGGAACUACUUUUCUGUUUCUUUCACUUGAAGCUUUAGUGUCGUUUGCUCCCAAGUAUGUUGAGACUGUGUACCGUGUGCCUGCAUCAACAGCUGGACUAAUUAUCGGAGCUAUGGCAAUUGCUGCUGGUGGAAUAGGUACUCUCACUGGUGCUCUAAUAGCCCACUGCGUUAAAAUUGGCAAGAACAUGGGUAUUGUCAACUGGGUGACAGUUCUGAUUGCAGUAGUUCCUCUCGUUGGUUUCUUUCUUACUUGCCGCAGUGUGGACGUUGUUGGCAUAGGAACACAAUACACAAACAACUCCAUCAGCAACUCCAGUGAUGUACUACUAGCCUCGUGCAAUGCUGACUGCAACUGUUCCUCCACCAUCUUUGAGCCAGUCUGUGGAGCUGAUGGUCUCACCUACUUCUCACCAUGUAGAGCUUCUUGUCAACAAGUUGGAGAUAUUCAGAAUGUCACGUAUGAAAACUGUGGAUGUGUGGCAACCAAUCUCCGCAACAACAUGAUGAACAGUGAUUUUGGCACCAUUCUCGCCAGCAGUACGGCAACUCGUGGCUUGUGCCCACUUCCUUGCACGUACCUAGCAGGAUUUAUCGCUCUGGUUACAAUAUUUGUCAUCCUCAUUUUUCUCAUCCGAGUUCCCUUCCUCCUAGUAACUUUACGAUCUGUUGCUGAUGAACAGAGGACCUUUGCACUUGGUGUACAGUCACUCUUCUUCCGACUGUUUGGUUCGAUUCCCGGUCCCCUACUUUUUGGAGCCAUCAUUGAUUCUGGCUGUGUGUAUUCUCAGACAGAGUGUGGCCGCAUUGCCAACUGCUGGGUGUACGAUAACAACAUUCUGAGGCUGAGAGCCUAUAUCUUCUGUACUCUUGGAAUAUUAGCUUGUCUGGUAUGUACCGUACUGUCGUGGGUGUUCUAUCCUCCCUAUGGCUUCAAACUAGCUCCUCCCGACGGAACAGAAUAUAAAUGUACAGACCCUCCUGUUGAUGGAAAGCUAAGUGCCCCUAACCCUGUCUUCAUUUCAGAAACUACUGACGGUAUUUUAUAUUAGUCAGAUGUAAACUAACACUUUUUAGUUUGUAUUGAUUAUGCACAUUUAUUACGUGGAAUCUACAUUUUCUUUUUACACUGUAAUAUUUUGCUAUAUAGUUAACCACAACUUCCAUUAUAUCAGUCACCACAG